UUUUUAAAAUGUCAUUGUGUUUCCAAGCCACGGUAAUGCACUUCAUACAAUAUCUUCAUCAACACCAAGACCACAUGAAAUAGAAUGCUCAGCUGGGCAUCAGUCGAAUCAAACGAAUGUUCAAAACAAUAUUGUAUGACGAAACGUGCAGCCCAGGAAUACAAUGAAACCACGUGUUAUCACGCGACAUUUGCCUGGUUCACUGUGUUCCAUUUGUUUUGAAUCUAAGCAACUGCAACAAUGCCGAAGAGAGGGAGAAAGAAGAAGAGGUCAACCCCUGUAACCAUCGAGAACGCCAGGAACAAUGAGACGACACAUGACUCGAUACGCCGUUACGCAGGAAAAAUUGUGGACUACAUUGCCCAGUCAACCACUGCUUUCUCUCAGGAAGAUGUUUCCGGUAUAGGCCUACAUAACAUCUUGGGGAAGACUGUAGAGGGCCUUCUCCAAAAAGUGUGCGGAGGGGUCUCAAGCAUCCUGAACAAGUAUUUGUAUGGGGCGGGGGUGUUGUCUGAUGCGGUGAUCCCAGUAAAUCUCUUGCCUGUAGCUUCAAAUGGAGACAAUCGGAAAAUGGAAAAAAGAUGGCAGGACUGCACUGAGGAAGACUGUGAACUGAUAAUUAUCCGACUGACAGGGACUGUAAUUAUCACCAUGUUGGAUAGUGUUAUGGAGAGUUGCAGGACGGACCCCACACACAGUUCUUUCUUAGAAGAACUGGGGCUCACCAUGGAAAUGGUAACGAUCAUACGUGAAGUAGCAGAAUGUGCAGCAAACGCCACAAGUAAUGAUUUCAGUCAGUUCACAGUUGGAGGAGUUCCUCUCUUUCAGAGACCACUGAGCAAUCUCUCCUCUGGGCCGAGUCAACCAGCAUCCCCCAAAAUGCCUUGCCAACAUCCACUGUUCCCACACCUGUCUCAAAGGUGAGCUCAGCCAGUCCCAGAUCCACUGACUCAGGGACCACACAAGUCAGGAAGCCAAGACAAUCAACAGAAGGAGUUCAGAGACUCUCCGAAAGGCAGCAGAAUCCAGGGAGGAGAUCACGUCUCUAGUGAUUGAAACCAUUCUACGGUCAGUUGCGGAUUUAGCCAGGCAUGGACUUCUGC